AUGUAUUCUGUUCGGUCCGUUCCCAACUGGAAGUCUCCGGGACCGGACGGGCUGCAUAGCUUUUGGCUAAAAUGGCUGCGCAGCUCGCAUGAAUGCUUGGCAUCUCAGUUCCAGUCAGCUCUAGAGUCUGGGUCGCUACCACAGUUUCUUACCACCGGAGUCACCCACCUGCUCCAUAAGUCAGAUAGUGCAACGGAUCCUAAAAACUAUAGACCGAUUACUUGUUUACCGACGGUCUAUAAACUUCUUACCUCCAUUCUGAGAGAUAAGAUUAAUAGUCACAUACAGAAUAAUAGUAUUUUGUCUGUCUCUCAGAAUGGAUGUAGGGGUGGAUCACAAGGCACUAAGGAGCUACUCCUCAUUGAUAUGAUCAUUAGCCAACAGGUCCGUCGUUUUCGAAAGAGUCUGUCGACAUGCUGGAUAGAUUACAAGAAGGCCUAUGAUUCCGUGCCGCAUACAUGGCUCUUGAGGGUGCUGGAGUUGUAUAAAUUAGAUACAACUCUAUGCAGUUUCUUGAGAUCAUGUAUGGGGCAAUGGCGGACAGUCCUUCGCUAUCCAGGAUGUCGAACGAUUCAUGGUAAUGACGAACCGAUAAGGAUUGAGCGGGGAAUAUUUCAGGGCGAUAGUUUGAGUACAUUGUGGUUUUGUUUAGCCUUGAACCCUCUAAGUACUCUGUUGGAGGGUUCAAGGUUAGGCUAUCGUUUGCGGAGAGGAGGUAAAGUAAUAUCCCACCUACUUUACAUGGAUGACUUAAAGCUCUUUGCACCUUCAGGUUCACAAUUAAUGGAGUUACUAAAGGUAACAGAAACUUUUAGUAAUUCUAUUAGAAUGGAAUUUGGAGUUGACAAGUGCGCGGUUAUGCAUGUAGAGCGAGGAGAGAUUAUGGAAUCUGACGGAUUACAACUUUCAGAUUCCAUAAACUUUAGAUCACUGUCCGCAAACGAAUCAUACAAAUACUUGGGUGUGUCGGAAGCGUUAGGCAUCAAUGUGACCGACAUGAAACAAUCACUGCAGGAGCGUUUCUUUGGUCGCCUGAAAAAAGUGCUCAAAAGUCUUUUGUCGGGUGGCAAUAAGGUUCGCGCUUUCAAUGGUUGGGUCAUGCCGGUCUUGAUGUACUCUUUCGGCAUACUCAAGUGGACUCAAAAAGAACUAGACGCCUUGGAUAGGAGAGUCCGUGUCCUGCUGACUGCAUAUCGGAUGCAUCAUCGUCGGUCUUCGGUGAUGAGAUUGUAUAUCCCACGGAGAUGUGGUGGCCGAGGCUUUUUAAAUGCCAAGACCCUACAUAACCGUGAAGUAUACAAACUCAGGGAGUAUUUUCUCCACACUGACUUGGAUAUGCACCGAGAUGUAGUUACAAUGGACAAGGGGCUAACUCCGCUCUCCUUAGGCAAAGAGAACUGGCGCAAACCCGUAGUACUAAGUACUGAGAAUCGCAAGGGGGUAUGGAAGAGCAAGGAGUUACAUGGACGCUUCUAUCGGGCCCUUCAUGGACCCGAUGUGGAUUUUAUGGCGUCCGUUUCUUGGCUACGGUUCGAUAACCUAUUCGGUGAAACCGAAGGUUUUGUCUGUGCAAUUAUGGACGAAGUUAUCAUGACGAACAAUUACCGGAAGUAUAUUGUGAGGGAUGGCACGGUGGACAUAUGUCGGGCGUGUCACACUCCGGGCGAAUCCCUUAGACAUAUUAUUUCCGGUUGUUCUCGUCUUGCUAACGGAGAGUAUUUGCACAGGCAUAAUCAAGUGGCCAAGAUUAUCCAUCAACAACUUGCACUUCGAUACGAUCUUGUGGUAUCAGAGGUACCAUACUACAGGUAUGUGCCCGACCCAGUUCUCGAGAAUGGUCGUAUCACACUGUACUGGGACCGAUCUAUAAUCACUGACAGGGCUGUUGUCGCCAACAAGCCUGAUAUAGUGGUGAUAGAUCGGUCAGAGCGCCGCACGAUAAUUGUUGACGUCACCAUCCCUCAUGACGAGAAUCUCGUGAAGGCUGAGAAAGAUAAGCAAAUAAAAUAUCUCGACUUAGCUCACGAGGUUGUCGACAUCGAAUGGCCUAAGGCCAAGAGCCUCGACCAACACCUUAAGAGGCUCUCGUUAGGCAGCUGGGUCAAGGGCUUGAUGCAGAAGGCAGUACUCCUCGGCACGGCACGUAUUGUGAGGAAGUUCCUCUCUCUGGAGCCCUGA